CUGUCAGGAGGGAAGGGAUUGUUGCUAAAUUUAUCUCCAAAAAUCAGAAAAAAAUUCCAAAUAAUUUUCCCAUUAAAAAAUAAAUUAAUCAUCCUUCUAAAAAUGCUAAUUAGAAUAUUAUUAAUAUUUAAUUUCGUUUCAAUCAGCCACUCGACUUAUGGCUAUGGAGGAAAUUAUUGGCCAAAAACUCAAAUAUAUCCCUUGGCAAAAGCAAACAAUCAACCGGACGAUUAUUGGGACGAAUUUGAAGAAACUCCGAACGAAUUUGGCGAUUACGGAUUAAAAAAAUUAUUUGAAGAUGAGUAUGGAAGGGAAGAAAAAAUAGAAGAAAAUCCAAAAGCUAAAUUUUGGAGUGAAGCUAUUGGGCCUUUUCUGUAUACCUUUGAUAAUAAAAUGGAUGGAAGAAGUGGAGAAAAUAUUUGGAAUAAAGCAUUGGAAAAAAUUAAUUUGUUAAGAAGGCAAAAAUUGGGAAAUACUUUUAGUCGACUGGUGAGAGAAAAUUAA